AUGUCGUUGGUUCCGUUGCCGCUUUGGCUCAAGCCUGAUUUCGCCACCGCUUGGCACGCGCACCUGGCAGCCAUCCGCACUCUCGCGGCGAUGGGCCCUCGGCGCUGCUCUGGCUUUGCGACCGACGACGGGAUCGUCAUCGAGUGCUGCUUCAAUCCGUGGGAGAAGGGCAAGCGCGCGCAGGGCAAGUUCGAGGGGAAGUGUCAGUGGUGCUCUCCGAUUCGCAUGGCAACCAUCUGCGCGACGCCGCAGCAAUCCAAGCUGACCGCGCACAGCCUGGCGAACCUGCACAAGCUUGACAUCGGCAUCUACGACAUGGCCGUGGAGCGGGUAAAGGUGCACGAGAGCGGUGAUCAGCUCAUUGCCCGCGCUGUCGGCAUAAUCUCGGAACGCUCGCAGGUGGGCGGGCCGCCACCGCCGCCAAUCGAGGGUGACCAGGGCAACGUGGUCUCGCAGCCCGCCGAGGAGGAGAUUCCUGCUGCCAUGGAGCUCAACGAGGAAGCAGCCGCAGCUGGGCCAGCAGCGGCAGCCGAGCCGCUGCCAGUACCCGCGGAAGGCGAGGGCGCGGCCGCUGAGCGCAGACGCCAGCGCCUCUGCGAGGGAUACAGCCUGGCGCGCGCCAUGGGCCGCAGGCUCCGCAGCAAGGAGGACGAGGGCGUCUGCGUGUUCUCCAGGGCGCAUCCUGGACAGCGUGCCAUGGCGCUCGACGGGAAGUGCCUCUGGUGCACGCCUGCUCGCAUGAAGGAGGCGGCAAGCAACCCCGCCAAGAAGCAACAUGCCAUGACCGACCUGAAGAAGUUCGAAGCUCGCAACCCUGCGCUGAAGCAGAAGGCGCUGGGGCGGCUGCGCAGGCACCUCACUGCGCAGGAGUACAAGUUUAUUGUUACGCCGAGAGAUUGCUGCCGCGGCGCUGGGGAAGCCAUGUGCCCCUUCAGCACGGCGAACCCAGGGCAGCCCGCGCGCGUGGUGAAGGCCGACAAGCACUUGUGCAGCUGGUGCGAUCCGCAGAGGCUGCGCGGCAUGCAGGGCGUGAAGCGCAACGGCUUGCUGACGCAGCUGAAGGUAUUCCGCGAGAAGGAUGAGGCCGUAUUUGCCAAGGCCGAGGCAAUCCUGAAGGAGGUCUUCGGGGACAACUACCUAGCAGAGCUAAAGAAGAAGACUGUCCGGCAGAACCAGCAGGCGGCAAAAGCUCGAAGGCGCACUGGCAACACGAAUUGGCCGACGAAGCUGGCGAAGCGGCGGCUGGUGAUGGAGAGCCCGACGGUCGACGAGGAAGCUCGGAAGAAGUUCCGCAAGCUAGCCCUGGCGGAUUUGAAGAAGGUCGAGAACUCGUUCUACAAGGACACAGCCGAGCGAAAGAUGCGCGGUCGCGCCGACGAGGUCCCAAAGAGCAAGGACUUGGAGCCGCCGAUCGGCGAAGCAGGCUUCAGUGAUCUGUCGAAGGGGCUGCGGUCCUGGGCCGCCAAGGGCUCGUGGGGCAUCUGCAAGGAGUGCCAUGUCUUGCAGCCGCGGCCCAUGCACGAGAUCGAUAUGUUCCUCGACGCCAGCGAGGAGAUCUCCAAGAGCGCCUGCCGCCGCUGCAACGCCGCUCGCGACAUGUACGUCCCGCUGCCCGAUGACGUACCUGGGCCACUCCGCGGCCUGUCAGAGGAGGUCGUGGAAGCCCUCCGGCCCAUUGAGAUCGACGUCGGCCACGAGACACGCUCCACCGACACGUUCGGCCGCCCGAACGGCUACCGCAAGAAGGUGAAGAUGAUCACGUUCUAUUUCUCGAAGUGGCACGUGAAGGGCAAGAUCCACGAGUUGGAUGGGGAUGCGCGGCGGACGGCAAAGAAGGCGUACAAAUACUUGCUGGACUGCAACGAGUCCUCGUACAAACGGUUCCACGACAUGCACGAGAAGUUCAUCCGCAAGCAGGGCGAGGACGCCGCGGACAGGAAGCGCAAGCGCCCAUACCACUUCCUGCAGGAGGUCGGACUGGAAUGCGCCCUCUGGCCGAACUUGUACUGGUCCACGGAGAUGACGGAGACGCACGAGCAGUGGUCGGACGCGAGGCGCGAGGAGAGGCGCGACGCCCAGGAGGCCAAGAAGAAGAAGGCGAAUUAUGGGUACGAGUCGGACGCCGAGGAGGACGAAGGCGACGGCGGAGGCCAGCGCACGAGCGUCAAGCGGUCUUUCAUGACCAAAUGCCUAUCGCCGUUGCUUGGGUACGGAUCCAACUUCGAGCUGCUCCAGUUCGUGUACGACCUGAACCUCUGGGCGACGCUCGGUGCAAAGAAGAACCUGGGCCUCGACAACGUGCCGAUGCGGAUGCUCAUGAAGGGUCAUACCUUCUCGCCGCUCUACUGGAAGGAGGUGCACAAUGCCCUUGUCGACCUCGUGCGCCAGGUGGGCUUCCCGAAGCUGUUCUUCACCAUUGCGCCAUGGGAGCCGUGCUUCAAGUACCACGACUGGCUGCGCGAUGAGUUGGAGAAGACACUGCGGACCCGCAUGUACCUCCCCGUGGGCGAAACGCUGCACAUGUCGCACGUGCUCAUGCAGAUCGUCCGAGGCAUGCUGGCUGGCAACAACUACCAGAUGAUGGACCGCAGCAGCCGCAGCUGGACAAAGCACGUGCUGUCCGCGAAGGACGCCGACGGCAGACAGGUUCGCGUCCAGAGUUUCACGAGACUGGAGUUCCAGGACGGGAGCCGCAAGGAGGGCACGAAGCGCUACGACGGCUCCGGCCGGCCGCACCUGCACGUCCUCUUCUUCGCGGACGACGACUCCAUGGCGAACAUGGGAUUGGAGCACCACCUCUUCGCGACACAGCCCGAUGGCUUCUCGGAUGACCUGAAGGGUUACGUGGACGGAUCCCAGUUCAACAAGCACGGCGAUGCAGAGAGCAAGUGGCCGAUCUACCAUGGGCCGUCGGGGGUGCACGGCGACGAUGGUGUCCUCCAGCUGAAGCACACCGAGGAGGACCACGACGCGGGCCUCCGAGCGUACUGCGCUGACGUAAUGGACGGGCUCCCUUGCCAUCAGGACUGGCAGACCAGCGACGGGGAGGCCAUGCUCCUGCAAUACGUUUCCAAGUAUGUGGCGAAGUUCUCGGACAGCAGCUACGACGAGUGGAUGAGCGACAAGGCCUCCGCGGACAGCGUGGCCAGGCGCGUCUGCUUCGAGUAUCACCCCUACGAGCCAGAGAUGAUCCUGCAGCUGUGCGGAGCGCAAUUCAGACAGUACGACAUCUCUACGGUCAGCGGCGGCUUCCGCACCGUGACGGCGCCUUACUCGGGCAUGGCGGAUGUGCCCGACUGGGUCCAGAAAUAUGCUGAUUGCUCGUGGCGCCACGAGGGCAUGACGCUCUUGGAGUGGCUUCGAAAGACUACUGACGACGGCGCCAUCGCUGGAUGGCUGAAGCGCAAGCACAAGCAGGAGCUGGUGCUGGCCCUGCACAGGCGGUACCGCGCGACCGUGCCCGACGGCGAGGAGCCCCAGGCGCUCGACGCUCACUGGCGCUUCCUGCGCGCUGAGUACAAAGGCAUGGCCGAUGCUGAUGGCGGAGGUAGCGGGAACAGUGACAAAGACUCCGACGCCGAAGACGAGGAGCAGCCGAAGACCUUCGAGGAGUUCCUCGCGAAGAAGCACAGCGACGAAAAGAGCGAGGGCGAGGACGACUUUCCGAACCUCAAGGAGUUCGCGCGAGCCUACCGCAUGCAGGGCGAGAAGGUGGUCAGCGUCGACACGGUAUACGAGCUCAACGACCGCUACUACGGCCAGUGGGCUGCAAUGAACGUGCCGUUCCGAUCGCUCGACGAGCUCGAGUUCGAGGAUGUGAAUCGCCUGGUUCCGCAGAAAUACAAGUAUCUCGCGGCGGCGCUGCGACUGUGCUCUGACCAGGGCCGCGUCGCUGAAGAGCACCAUGACUUGUUCACCGAUGACAGGCGGCUCGUGGACUACAUGAGCGCUUCAGCGAAGUCCAGCAAGUUCACCGAGGCUGUGCAUCACAUGAUCGUGGGGCAGCGGAAGCUGAUCAACAUGUACCUGACGGGCAUCAUCGACAAGGCCGACGAGAAGGCCGCGGCCGACGCCGAGGCCGCGGUCAUCGCCAACCGCAGGCCAGCGCGCGGCGAGGGCCAGGAGGAGGUGGACUUCAACCCGAAGCAGCUGCAGCUGGAGGAGGCGAUCAACGAGCGCCUCGACCGCGCCGUGCGUGCGGAGCUGUCGGAGGACUGGGAGGAGGCCGACGAGGCGCGCGAGGAGGCCUACAAGAAGAACACGCCCGUCAUCUGCCUUGGGAAGCCUGGGACGGGGAAAACGACUGUGGUAAAGUCCUGCAUUCGCCGCGCCCAGGAGCAAGGCGCGCGCGUGCUCUUCGCCCUCCCGACGGCGCAGCUGUCCAGCCGCAUGAAGCAAGCACUGCAAGGCCUGGACGGCUUAACAGUCGAUACGUGCCACGCCGCAUUCAAGUUGCAUGAGCCCAUCACGGAGAGUCUUCACAGGAUGACGGACUUCGACUUGGUAGUGGUUGACGAGGUAUCGCUGCUGAGCUGCGACAGUUUCGAGCGCAUCCUGAAGCUGUGGAGCGUCGCUGGGAAAGUCCCCGCGCUGGUCUUCCUCGGGGACAAGUACCAGCUCCCUGGGGUCGAGCCGACACGUCCGUGGGAGAGUGCCGCAUGGAAGCAGCCGCGCUGCUUCCACGUGAAGCUCACCGAGACGUGGCGGUGCAAGGAGCAGCGCUUCCAGGAGAUCCUGGACGAGCUUCGGACAGACAAGCCUUCGAAGGAGACGUUCCGCAAGAUUGUGCGCGAUCACAAGGCUUGGAAGAGCAUAGGCGAUCCCACGCCCGCCGAAAUGAAGAAGCUCUUCGAGAAGCAUCCAGACACGCGGAUCGUCACCUGCACGCGCAGGGGCGCCGCGGCCGUGAACGAGGCUGCAGUCGCUGCGCUGUACGGCCGCAAGACCCCGCUGGCCACGCUGGACGGCGACGUGGAACUCAACCCCGAGAACUACCUGGAUGGCAAGCUUCGCACUGACCGCCGUCUGGUUCCAAGCAAAGUGCCGAUCUAUAAAGGGAUGAAGUUGUACCUGACGAAGAACAAGAACAAGGAGGCUGACGAGGUCAACGGCAUGCUUUGCGAGGUGGAGAACUACCACGCCGAGGAGGACAUGCUGCGCGUGAUGACGAAGACUGGCCAUCGUCUGGCCAUCACUCGCUGGACCGAUCGCGAGAAGGGCAACGCGGUCUAUUUUCCUAUUCGCCUCGGGUACGCCAGCACCAUCGACAAGGUGCAGGGCGACGAAUUCCCCCACAUCACCAUCUUCCUGGACGGCUGGCCUAGACCGGCAGCGGGGUACACGGCGCUCAGUCGUGUCGCGACGUCAGACGAUUACUUGAUCGGCGGGUACGUGGAGCGCGACAACUUCAUACCCGACGCCACAGACGGCGCCUUCGGCUUCGCCCCCGCGCUCGCUGCGGCCGCGGCCCACGCCUGGCCUGGCGCCCGGCGCAUUCUGGGCGCUAUCUCCGAGCUAUCUUUGAAGGGCGCCACAGACGGCGCCUUCGGCCUCGCCUCCGCGCCCGCUGCGGCCGCGGCCCACGCCUGGCGUGGCGCCUGGCGCACUCUGGGCACUAUCUCCGAGCUAUCUUUGAAGGGCGCCGCAGACGGCGUGCCUCGGGCGCUCGUUGGCGCUAUCUCCGAGCCAUCUUUGAAGGAUGCCACAGUCGGCGCCUUCGCUGUAGCCUUUGCGGCCGCUGCGGCCGCCGCCCACGCCGGGCGUGGCUCGGGCGCUCGUGAGCGCUAUCUCCGGGCUAUCUUUGAAGGCGUGCCUCGGGCGCUCGUGAGCGCCAUCUCCGAGCUAUCUUUGAAGGGCGCCACAGUCGGCGCUUUCGCUGUAGCCUUUGCGCCCGCUGUGGCCGCGGCCCACGCCCGGCGGUCUCGGGCGCUCGUGAGCGCUAUCUCCGAGCUAUCUUUGAAGGACGCCACAGUCGGCGCCUUCGGUGUAGCCUUUGCGCCCGCUGCGGCCGCCGCCCACGCCAGGCGUGCCUCGGGCGCUCGUGAGCGCUAUCUCCGAGCUAUCUUUGAAGGCGUGCCUCGGGCGCUCGUGAGCGCUAUCUCCGAGCUAUCUUUGAAGGACGCCACAGUCGGCGCCUUCGCUGUAGCCUUUGCGCCGCUGCGGCCGCCGCCCACGCCAGGCGUGCCUCGGGCGCUCGUGAGCGCUAUCUCCGAGCUAUCUUUGAAGGACGCCACAGUCGGCGCCUUCGCUGUAGCCUUUGCGCCCGCUGCGGCCGCGCCCACGCCAGGCGUGCCUCGGGCGCUCGUGAGCGCUAUCUCCGAGCUAUCUUUGAAGGACGCCACAGUCGGCGCCUUCGCUGUCGCCUUUGCGCCCGCUGCGGCCGCCGCCCACGCCAGGCGUGCCGCGGGCGCUCGUGAGCGCUAUCUCCGAGCUAUCUUUGAAGGCGUGCCUCGGGCGCUCGUGAGCGCUAUCUCCGAGCUAUCUUUGAAGGACGCCACCGUCGGCGCCGUCGGUGUAGCCUUUGCGCCGCUGCGGCCGCAACCCACGCCAGGCGUGCCUCGGGCGCUCGAGAGCGCUAUCUCCGAGCUAUCUUUGAAGGACGCCACAGUCGGCGCCGUCGGUGUAGCCUUUGCGCCCGCUGCGGCCGCGGCCCACGCCAGGCGUGCCGCGGGCGUGCCUCGGGCGCUCGUGAGCGCUAUCUCCGAGCUAUCUUUGAAGGACGCCACAGUCGGCGCCUUCGCUGUAGCCUUUGCGCCCGCUGCGGCCGCGGCCCACGCCAGGCGCGCCGCGGGCGCUCGUGAGCGCUAUCUCCGAGCUAUCUUUGAAGGCGUGCCUCGGGCGCUCGUGAGCGCUAUCUCCGAGCUAUCUUUGAAGGGCGCCACAGUCGGCGCCUUCGCUGUAGCUUUUGCGCGCGCUGCGGCCGCAACGCACGCCAGGCGUGCCUCGGGCGCUCGUGAGCGCUAUCUCCGAGCUAUCUUUGAAGGCGUGCCUCGGGCGCUCGUGAGCGCUAUCUCCGAGCUAUCUUUGAAGGACGCCACAGUCGGCGCCUUCGCUGUAGCCUUCUGCGCCCGCUGCGGCCGCAACCCACGCGUGCCUCGGGCGCUCGUGAGCGCUAUCUCCGAGCUAUCUUUGAAGGACGCCACAGUCGGCGCCUUCGCUGUAGCCUUUGCGCCCGCUGCGGCCGCCGCCCACGCCAGGCGUGCCUCGGGCGCUCGUGAGCGCUAUCUCCGAGCUAUCUUUGAAGGCGUGCCUCGGGCGCUCGUGAGCGCUAUCUCCGAGCUAUCUUUGAAGGACGCCACAGUCGGCGCCUUCGCUGUAGCCUUUGCGCCCGCUGCGGCCGCGGCCCACGCCAGGCGUGCCUCGGGCGCUCGUGAGCGCUAUCUCCGAGCUAUCUUUGAAGGCGUGCCUCGGGCGCUCGUGAGCGCUAUCUCCGAGCUAUCUUUGAAGGACGCCACAGUCGGCGCCUUCGCUGUAGCCUUUGCGCCCGCUGCGGCCGCCGCCCACGCCAGGCGUGCCUCGGGCGCUCGUGAGCGCUAUCUCCGAGCUAUCUUUGAGGACGCCACAGUCGGCGCUUUCGCUGUAGCCUUUGCGCCCGCUGCGGCCGCGGCCGGCGCCAGGCGUGCCGCGGGCGCUCGUGAGCGCAAUCUCCGAGCUAUCUUUGAAGGCGUGCCGCGGGCGGUCGUGAGCGCUAUCUCCGAGCUAUCUUUGAAGGACGCCACAGUCGGCGCCUUCGCUCGCACUCUCGCGGCGAUGGGCCCUCUGCGCUGCUCUGGCUUUGCGACCGACGACGGGAUCGUCAUCGAGUGCUGCUUCAAUCCGUGGGAGAAGGGCAAGCGCGCGCAGGGCAAGUUCGAGGGGAAGUGUCAGUGGUGCUCUCCCAUUCGCAUGGCAACCAUCUGCGCGACGCCGCAGCAGUCCAAGCUGACCGCGCACAGCCUGGCGAACCUGCACAAGCUUGACAUCGGCAUCUACGACAUGGCCGUGGAGCGGGUGAAGAUGCACGAGAGGGGCGAUCAGCUCAUUGCCCGCGCUGUCGGCAUAAUCUCGGAGCGCUCGCAGGUGGGCGUGCCGCCACCGCCGCCAAUCGAGGGUGACCAGGGCAACGGAUACAGCCUGGCGCGCGCCAUGGGCCGCAGACUGCGCAGCAAGGAAGACGAGGGCGUCUGCCUGUUCUCCCGAGAGCAUCCUGGACAGUGUGCCAUGGCGCUCGACGGGAAGUGCAUCUGGUGCACGCCUGCUCGCAUGAAGGAGGCGGCAAGCAAUCCCGCCAAGAAGAGGAACGCCAUGACCGACCUGAAGAAGUUCGAAGCUCGUAACCCUGCGCUGAUGCAGAAGGCUCUUGGGCGGCUGCGCAGGCACCUCACCCCGCAGGAGUACAAGGUCAUCGUCACGCCGAAAGAUUGCUGCCGCGGCGCUGGGGAAGCCAUGUGCCCCUUCAGCACGGCGAACCCAGGGCAGCCCGCGCGCGUGGUGAAGGCCGACAAGCACUUGUGCAGCUGGUGCGAUCCGCAGAGGCUCCGUGGCAUGCAGACAGAGAAGCGCAGGGGCGUGCUGAAGCAGCUAGAGGCAUUCCACGAGAAGGACGAAGCCGUAUUUGCCAAGGCCGAGGCAAUCCUGAAGGACGUCUUCGGGGACAACUACGUGGCGCAGAUGAAGAAGAAGACUGUCCGGCAGAACCAGCAGGCGGCAAAAGCUCGGAGGCGCACUGGCGAGACGGACUGGCCGACGAAGCUGGCGAAGCGGCGGCUGGUGAUGGAGAGCCCGACCUUCGACGAGGAAGCUCGGAAGAAGUUCCGCAAGCUAACCCUGGCGGACUUGAAGAAGGUCGAGAACUCGUUCUACAAGGACACAGCCGAGCGAAAGAUGCGCGGUCGCGCCGACGAGGUCCCAAAGAGCAAAGACUUGGAGCCGCCGAUCGGCGAAGCAGGCUUCAGUGAUCUGUCGAAGGGGCUGCGGUCCUGGGCCGCCAAGGGCUCGUGGGGCAUCUGCAAGGAGUGCCAUGUCUUGCAGCCGCGGCCCAUGCACGAGAUCGAUAUGUUCCUCGACGCCAGCGAGGAGAUCUCGAAGAGCGCCUGUCGCCGCUGCAACGCCUCUCGCGAGAUGUACGUCCCGCUGCCCGAUGACGUACCAGGGCCACUCCGCGGCCUGUCAGAGGAGAUCGUCGAAGCCCUCCGGCCCAUCGAGAUCGACGUCGGCCCCGAGACGCGCUCCACCGACACGUUCGGCCGCCUGAACGGCUACCGCAAGAAGGUGAAGAUGAUCACGUUCUAUUUCUCGAAGUGGCACGUCAAGGACAAGAUCAAGGAGCUGGACGAUGACGCGUGGCGGACGGCGAAGAAGGUUUACAAAUACCUGCUGUCUUGCGAAGAGUCCACGUACAAGCGGUUCCACGACAUGCACGAGAAGUUCCUCCGCAAGCAGGGCGAGGACGCUGCCGACAGGAAGCGCAAGCGCCCAUAUCAUUUCCUGCAGGAGGUCGGGUUGGAGUGCGCUCUCUGGCCAAACCUGUACUGGUGCACCGAGAUGACGGAGACUCACGAGCAGUGGUCCGACGCGAGGCGCGAGGAGAGGCGCGACGCCCAGGAGGCCAAGAAGAAGAAGGCAAAGUACGGCUACGACUCGGACGCCGAGGAUGACGAGGGCGGCGACGGCGGAGGCCACCGCACCAGCGUCAAGCGGUCUUUCAUGACCAAAUGCCUAUCGCCGUUGCUUGGGUACGGAUCCAACUUCGAGCUGCUCCAGUUCGUGUACGACCUGAACCUCUGGGCGACGCUCGGUGCAAAGAAGAACCUGGGCCUCGACAACGUGCCGAUGCGGAUGCUCAUGAAGGGUCAUACCUUCUCGCCGCUCUACUGGAAGGAGGUGCACAAUGCCCUUGUCGACCUCGUGCGCCAGGUGGGCUUCCCGAAGCUGUUCUUCACCAUUGCGCCAUGGGAGCCGUGCUUCAAGUACCACGACUGGCUGCGCGAUGAGAUGGAGAAGACACUGCGGACCCGCAUGCACCUCCCCGUGGGCGAAACGCUGCACAUGUCGCACGUGCUCAUGCAGAUCGUCCGAGGCAUGCUGGCUGGCAAUAACUACCAGAUGAUGGACCGCAGCAGCCGCAGCUGGACAAAGCACGUGCUGUCCGCGAAGGACGCCGACGGCAGACAGGUUCGCGUCCAGAGUUUCACGAGACUGGAGUUCCAGGACGGGAGCCGCAAGGAGGGCACGAAGCGCUACGACGGCUCCGGCCGGCCGCACCUGCACGUCCUCUUCUUCGCGGACGACGACUCCAUGGCGAACAUGGGAUUGGAGCACCACCUCUUCGCGACACAGCCCGAUGGCUUCUCGGAUGACCUGAAGGGUUACGUGGACGGAUCCCAGUUCAACAAGCACGGCGAUGCAGAGAGCAAGUGGCCGAUCUACCAUGGGCCGUCGGGGGUGCACGGCGACGAUGGUAUCCUCCAGCUGAAGCACACCGAGGAGGACCACGACGCGGGCCUCCGAGCGUACUGCGCUGACGUAAUGGACGGGCUCCCUUGCCAUCAGGACUGGCAGACCAGCGACGGGGAGGCCAUGCUCCUGCAAUACGUUUCCAAGUAUGUGGCGAAGUUCUCGGACAGCAGCUACGACGAGUGGAUGAGCGACAAGGCCUCCGCGGACAGCGUGGCCAGGCGCGUCUGCUUCGAGUACCACCCCUACGAGCCAGAGAUGAUCCUGCAGCUGUGUGGAGCGCAAUUCAGACAGUACGACAUCUCUACGGUCAGCGGCGGCUUCCGCACCGUGUCGGCGCCUUACUCGGGCAUGGCGGAUGUGCCCGACUGGGUCCAGAGGUAUGCUGACUGCGCGUGGCGCCACGAGGGCAUGACGCUCUUGGAGUGGCUUCGGAAGACUACUGACGACGGCGCCAUCGCCGGAUGGCUGAAGCGCAAGCACAAGCAGGAGCUGGUGUUGGCCCUGUACAGGCGGUACCGCGCGACCGUGCCAGAGGGCGAGGAGCCUCAGGCGCUCGACGCUCACUGGCGCUUCCUGCGCGCUGAGUACAAAGGCAUGGCCGAUGCUGAUGGCGGAGGUAGCGGGAACAGUGACAAAGACUCCGACGCCGAAGACGAGGAGCAGCCGAAGACCUUCGAGGAGUUCCUCGCGAAGAAGCACAGCGACGAAAUGAGCGAGGGCGAGGACGACUUUCCGAACCUCAAAGAGUUCGCGCGAGCCUACCGCAUGCAGGGCGAGAAGGUGGUCAGCGUCGACACGGUAUACGAGCUCAACGACCGCUACUACGGCCAGUGGGCUGCAAUGAACGUGCCGUUCCGAUCGCUCGACGAGCUCGAGUUCGAGGAUCACCAUGACUUGUUCACCGAUGGCAGGCGGCUCGUGGACUACAUGAGCGCUUCCGCGAAGUCCAGCAAGUUCACCGAGGCUGUGCAUCACAUGAUCGUGGGGCAGCGGAAGCUCAUCAACAUGUACCUGACGGGCAUCAUCGACAAGGCCGACAAGAAGGCCGCGGCCGACGCCGAGGCCGCGGUCAUCGCCAACCGCAGGCCAGCGCGCGGCGAGGGCCAGGAGGAGGUCGACUUCAACCCGAAGCAGCUGCAGCUGGAGGAGGCGAUCAACGAGCGCGUGGACCGUGCCGUGCGGGAAGCGCACAAGAAGAACACGCCCGUCAUCUGCCUUGGGAAGCCUGGGACGGGGAAGACCACCGUGGUAAAGUCCUGCAUUCGGCGCGCCCAGGAGCAAGGCGCGCGCGUGCUCUUCGCCCUCCCGACGGCGCAGCUGUCCAGCCGCAUGAGAGCCGCGCUGCAAGGCCUGGAGGGCCUAACGGUGGACACGUGCCACGCCGCAUUCAAGCUGCACGAUCCAAUCACAGAGAGUCUUCACAGGAUGACGGACUUCGACUUGGUGGUGGUUGACGAGGUAUCGCUGCUGAGUUGCGAAAGCUUCGAGCGCAUCCUGAAGCUCUGGAGCGUCUCGGGGAAAGUCCCCGCGCUGGUCUUCCUCGGAGACAAGCACCAGCUCCCUGGGGUGGAGCCGACACGUCCUUGGGAGAGUGCCGCAUGGAAGCGGCCGCGCUGCUUUCACGUGAAGCUAACCGAGACCUGGCGGUGCAAGGAGGAACGCUUCCAGGAGAUCCUGGACGAGCUUCGGACAGACAAGCCCUCCAAGGAGACAUUCCGCAAGAUCGUGCGCGACCACAAGGCGUGGAAGAGCAGAG